AUGACAGGCAACAUAACGUGGCAUCCGAACUUGACUUAUGAAGAGCGUCAGAAAUUAAGAAAUCAGAGAGGAUGCACUGUUUGGUUGACUGGUUUGAGUGCUUCUGGUAAAAGUACUAUAGCAUGUGUCUUGGAGCAAUUACUGUUAAAAAAAGGAUAUAAUGCCUACAGACUUGAUGGCGACAACAUUCGAUUUGGAUUAAACAAAGAUUUGGGCUUUUCUGAAGCAGAUCGUAAUGAGAAUAUACGUAGGAUCUCAGAGGUUUCUAAAUUAUUUGCUGAGUCGUGCGCAAUCUCGAUUGCUGCUUUCAUAUCACCAUAUGUGGCAGACAGAGAAAAAGCUCGAGCCUUGCAUAAUGAAGUUGGGAUUCCAUUCAUAGAAGUAUUUGUCGAUGCACCUUUAGAAGUUGUUGAAGCACGGGAUCCUAAGGGGUUAUAUGAAAAAGCUAGAGCUGGUAUCAUAAAACAGUUCACUGGCAUUUCUGCCCCUUACGAACCCCCAGAAAUUCCGGAUGUACACUUGAAGACCGAUCUAGAAUCCGUUGAACAAUCUGCAGACCGUAUUUAUCAACAUUUACUAAAGCACAACUUAUUAAGACCUUUGAAUGAUAAAAAUGGCUUAAACGGUAUUCAAUGCCAUUGA